AUUAGGGGACGAAUAAUGAAUGUGAUGGUCGCUAUACACUUAUUUGGUCAUUGUUGUAAUGGCUUUACAACUCAACUUAGUGCUCAUGGCAACAACCUAGGGUCCUCCCUGUAAGUUUCCUGUUUACUUUGGAUCCACCAUUAUCCUUUACUGACUUUGUUUCUGCUAGGAUUUGUCUCAUGAUUUCCUAUAGUUCUUUGACUGCUAAGUUGUGCCUUUGGUGCUCCGCCAUACUCGGUUUUGGUGCAAACCUUUUACCCUUCCAAACGUUGAAGAAAAAGCCUUCGAUAUUUAGGCCCACCAUAUGGUUGGCAUUUUUUCUCUUUUCCUGCAAAAAAAGAAUGAAAGAGGAAUGAGAGAAUUGAAAGAAUGUCAGUUUUGAUGCAUUGUCUAUCGCAGGUUUUAUCAUACAUGAAGCAGAAGGUUGUGUUGGGAGGAUGUCUAGUGUAAAUAGUGAUGCUUCUUUGGUUCUCUCUUUCACUGUUUUUGUUCAGGUCAAAAAAGAGCCAGUCAAGCUAUUUUUUUUCUCACCAUACCCCACAAGAAAGUGAAAUAACACAUCUUAUGUCUCCCUGAGAUUCCUUUCUUUAUUUCAAAACAUUUACCUUUCUCUCCUCACAUCCUCUCAAGCCUUCACUUUUCCCUGUGUUGUGUUAUACUACUCCCAAUUCCCAUGACACUUGGUGGGGACACUUGUGUUUUUCUUUAUCAGAUUCUUAUUUGUUUGAACAAAGUAGUAGAAGCAAAACAAAUUUAAAAAAAAUAUAAAAGAGAGAAAAAAGAAAAUCCCUUGAAUAAAGAAGUAGUAGUAACAAGAAUCUCUUUGCCCCUCACUCUUCCAUCACUUUAAAGGUGCAUCUCCCACUCUUUUUUUUUUAGAUGAAGACAAUCAUGGCAAAGAGUUUCCAAGACUUGUCCUCUAAGAGGCAGUUCCACUGGACAGCUAAAGUCAGCAAUGAAGAACAAGAAGAAGUAACAUCAAAAGAUUCAUCUCCAAACAGAAAUACUGAAGAAGGGAAAACAGAGAAUAUAAAGGUACAUUCUUUCAAGAAUCCUGAAGAUUCAAACACCAAGUCAUCUACUUUAAACACCAUCCAUGAAAACAAGGCUGAGGACAAGCAAGAAUCUUCUUCAGCAACUAGGAGGAAGCUGCAAACAAUAGCAGUAGCCAGGCUAAAAUCUGUCCUAACAGCGUUCGGGCGAAACAGGUCUAACUUCCAACAAGGCCUUGGAACAAGAGUUGUUGGCACUCUUUUUGGGCACAGGCGUGGACAUGUACAUUUUGCAUUUCAAAAAGAUUCCACCUCCCAGCCAGCCUUCUUAGUUGAACUAGCCACACCUAUAAGUGGUUUAGUCCGAGAAAUGGCGUCUGGAUUGGUCAGAAUCGCGUUGGAAUGCGAUAAGGAGGAAGAGAAAAAAGUGUCUAGACUCAUAGAUGAGCCUGUGUGGAGGACUUACUGCAAUGGUAAAAAAUGUGGCUUUGCAACAAGAAGAGAAAUUGGGGCAAAAGAACUGCAGAUACUUAAAGCUGUGGAGCCAAUAUCAAUGGGUGCUGGUGUUUUGCCAGGUAAUGGAGAAGAAGAAAGUGCUGAUUCUGGUGAGAUUAUGUAUAUGAGGGCUAAAUUUGAGAGAGUUAUUGGAUCUAGAGAUUCAGAGGCAUUCUAUAUGAUGAAUCCUGAUAGUAAUGGAGCUCCUGAACUUAGCAUUUAUUUGCUAAGAGUUUAAGGUUUAUCAAACCAAACCUUACUAGAAUAUUAGAUUAUAAGUCCUUUUAACUGAAUAUAUUAAUCUUUUCUUGAGAUCUAGCAAUGUUCUAUGUUUUUAUUUUCUUUGUUAUUUUGGAUAACAAUUGGUUACUGUAAUCUUUUUUUCUCUCUUUCUUGGGUGGAAUGGAAAAUAUAUGUUACCUAUAAA